AUGAACAAAACUACAAGCGGUAGUGCUGUAAAGCUCGCCUUCGAUGAGUAUAGGACAUUUAAAGGAAUGGCCUCGGGUAGACCUAUCAUUUUCCUUCACGGACUGCUUGGAAAUAAGUUGAACAAUAGAGGCACGAGUAAGCAUUUAAGUCGGACAUUGAGUAAAGUCGUUUACUGUCUUGAUCUUCGAAACCAUGGAGACUCUCCCCACAAUCCAAAUCAUGACUACCCAUCGAUGGCUCAAGACGUUGAGUGUUUCAUAAGGGACCAUCACGUUAAGCAGCCUAUUGUUAUUGGACAUUCCAUGGGAGCAAAAGUGGCCAUGAGUCUUGCCUUGAGAGAUGCGAAAACAUGCUCGAUGUUAAUAAGUGUAGACAAUGUUCCAAAACCUAACACAGGAAAUGAUGUGACAGCAGAAAUUUCUAAGUUCAAGAAAUACUUAAACGUGUUGAGAGAGGCGUUUACAGACCCAAGGGUAUCUUUGAAAAGUGUGGACUCACGACUUGAGUUGGUCGAACCCUCACAAAGAAUAAGGACCUUUCUUAUGAGCAAUAUCAAAAAAGACUAUGGCUCAGGUGACGUCUAUUGUAGGAUUCCUAUCGAUAUAAUAUAUCGCAACAUCAAUAAGAUAUUCGAGUUUCCGUAUCAGCAUGAGGUUUUUAAUGGGCCUUGCCUCUUUGUUCGAGGAACUGAUUCUCAUUUUAUUCAAGAUACCGACGAAGAAGCUAUACAGGCGAGAUUUCCGCACUACAAAAUUGAGGACAUUAAAGCUGGGCAUUGGAUUAUAAGUGAUAAUCCUCAGAAAUUCAGGGAAACAGUAAAAAGAUUCAUCAGGGAAAACGAAAAGUAG